AUGUCGUCGUUCCUUUCGCUGUCCCUGCGGCAGACAGCCCGAUCCGUCCUCCGUCGCGGCGGUGCCCGCUUCAACUCGUCGAAACCGCCGUCCCCGGAACAAAAGGCGCAGGAGGUCCUCGCCAACGCCCAGAAGACCGCUGGCCAGCUCUGGGAGAACGCGACGAAGAAGGCGGGCGAGGUCGUCGGUUCUCAGGAAGCACUCUCGAAAAACGCUGAGAAGCUCGGCAAAAAUGCGGGCCAGCUCUGGUCUUCCGCCAAGACGACACUUGGUCCCGUAGCGGAGAAGGCUGAGGCGCUUGCUGGAUCCACUCUCCAACGACUUGGCCCGACCGGCAAGAAGGCAGCGGAGAUGAUGGGUCCCGCCCGCCAGUCAUUCCUCUACAACUUUGCCGUCUUCCGCGAAAUCGUCAAGCAGGUCUACCGCGCCGAGCUCCAGUUCCCCAAAGACGCGGCCACCUUCCGAACAGCAUACGAAACUCUCUACCGACGCGCCAUCGACCUUUCUUACUGGCGGGGGCUAGUGCAGAGCGGAGAAAUUGCACGUGUGGGAAUAUACGCGGUCGAGGCGUACGGAAUUUUCAAGAUUGGAGAGAUACUUGGCAGAAGAAAACUCGUCGGUUACCCGCUACACUAG